GGUUGAAUACUGUUGUGGUUCACAGAUGAACAGUGAUUUGUGCAGUUUUGUGACAUCAAUGCCAGUUGUUCAAGAAUGAAGCUCUUCUUUCAGCUGACGUUGGCUUUUCUUCUAGCGACAACGUCGUUUGCUCAGCGAAAUCCCUUGAAAGACCCAAAUGUUUGCGGAAGACCGAUUUGUAAAGGUACCGGAAAAUUCAAAUACGGCCCGGGCACUCAGCAAAAUUACAAGUAUUCUGUAAACGUACGGUCCUUCUUUAACGGCACUAGCAGGAAUGAAUCGGACUUGCAUGUAGAAGGGACCGUGACUCUGAAUUUCGUAACACCUUGCGACGGACUCUUGACCUUAUCUGAUCUUAUAUUAAGUGAAAACCCUUCUGAAGACGGCCAGGAAACUUCACCGCAUCCUAAUAGUCAAGAAUUUUCGGAUAUGAUAAGCGAACACACCCUUAGAUUUUCGUUUAAUGAUGGGAUUAUCUCCGAGAUAUGCCCUCAACACGAUGAAAAAAAUUGGGUUUUAAAUUUCAAAAGGGGCAUCUUAUCUAUGUUCCAUAAUACGAUGAAGCGGUUCGAUCUGGACCACUCUACGACUGAAGAGGACGUGAGGGGACAAUGUCCAACGGAGUAUACUGUUCAAGGGGCAAAAGAAACCAGCCUUGUUCUUGAAAAAACCAAAGACUUGCACGGAUGCAAAAACCGGGCCAAACUGCACUCCAUGGUGCAGUCGGUGCCCUACAAUUUCAGACCAGAAUUGCAGGAAGAAAAGAAUUUGCUGAAGUCGUCGAGUAGAUGCCAAAUGUCGAUCGAUCACAACAUCUACAACGAAAUCACAUGCGAGGAGUCUCACGUUUUACAGCCAUUUUCUAAUCAGGACGCAGGUGCCACCACCAUUGUAGAGCAGAGAUUGAUUCUAGUCGGUGAAAAUGCCGUAACACUAGGAGAACAGUCGGAGUUGUCAAGAAGGACUUCUCUACUUUUCGACCACGUACCUUCGUCGAAACCUACACAUGACAAACUAAUAGCAUCUAGAGAUUUGAUCAAGAAAAUGUGCAAGCAGGGCACAGAUGACGUUCAAAUAGAGUUCUCGGAUUUAUUCACGAAAUUUAUUCAAACCUUGCGGCUUCUUUCCUAUCCUUCACUGUCGAUUCUCUACGGACACGCCGGCACGACCUGCCCUACGGGAAAAAAGCACAUACUGGAUGCGUUGCCUUACGUUGGGAACGCAGCGUCGGUGACCCUCAUGAAAGAUAUAAUAUUGAAACGAGGAGUCUCGGAAAGUACUAUUAAGGAUUGGAUGAUGUCGUUGGCGUUCAUUCCAAGACCAGACGAUGGUAUGAUGGAGGCUGCGGCGCAACUAUUGCAGCAAGAACCCUUCGACGCAAGCAUCGCAUUUAGUGUUACGGCUCUAACUCACACUUAUUGUUCUCAACGCUCUGACUGUAUUGAAACUAAUGCAGUAAAUGCAAUCGUCGACAAAAUGGAAAAUACAAUUAUUGGCCUUUAUUCCAGAAAACAAUUCGACAGAGAAUCGCGGGAUAAAAUUAUAGUAGCGCUUAAGUCUUUGGGGAAUAUAGGAGUUGUCUCGGAUAACAUCAAAAGUUAUUUAGCCAGUAUUAUCAUGGAUAGUAAAAUUGAUGCAGCUAUUCGCUUAGCUGCCGUAGAAGUUUAUCGUCGUUUACCGUGUAUGGAGUCCCGCGACUACUUUGAAAGUAUAUUUAGGAAUCAGGAUGAAGAUGUCGAAGUGCGUAUUGCUUCCUAUCUACAAAUAAUGCGUUGUCCCAAUUAUUUGAUGAUACGGACGGUUAAGCAUUGUUUAGAAAACGAAGAGGUGAACCAAGUCGGCUCGUUUGUUUGGAGUCAUUUAAAUAAUUUGAUGAAAUCCUCCAUUCCAAGUAGAGUGGAAAUACAGGGUCUACUUUCCGAUCUAAAUUUGGUUAAGAAAUUCAGUAGUGAUGUGAGGAAAUUUUCGCAUCACCGUGAGGGUUCAGUAUUUUUCGACGAGUAUAAUGUUGGGGCUAAUUACGAUGGUAAUGUAAUUUUCUCCCCAUCAUCUUAUGUCCCCCGCACGGCAAUGCUGAAUUUGACGGUGGAUGUUUUCGGGCAGUCCAUAAAUUUAAUGGAGGUGUAUGGACGACUUGAGGGUUUCGAGAAUUAUUUGGAGUCAAUGUUCGGACCUAAAGGGCCAUUAAACUCUGAAAAAGUGAAAGAGAAGAUCGCUUCAAAAGUACGUUUCAGUCGAAGUGCUCCAGAAAAUGAAGUCUUGAAAUCCGAGAUCGAUAGAUUACCGAACGUUAUGGAAAAUUUGGUGGGCGACCCGAAGGUGUCUUUAGGCCUUAAAGUUUUCGGCAAUGAGUUAAAGUACGCCACGUUCGACGGAGACGAGGAGAUAAAGGCAGCCCUGCGAACCCUUAACCCCGUAGAUCACUUAAAGCGAAUUCUCUCUGGGAAAGAAAUCAAUUACAACAAAGCGGCAAUGUUUCUGGAUAGUAACUACGUCGUGCCUAGUGGAGCUGGAUUGCCCAUAUCCUUAAAUGCCCUAGGGACCGCCUCAAUAAACUUGAAAUUAUUUGGCUCCUUACAUGCUACCAAUUUCAUCAAGACCAAAGAGUUAGACCUCAAAGCCAACAUUAGACCCAGCAUAUCUCUAGACUUAACUGGUGUAAUGACAGUUGAUGCUUUUUACGCUACUACUGGCAUUAAACUGAAAUCAAGCAUGUACACGUCGAGUGCAAUCGAAGGCGAUAUAAAAAUUCGAGGUUUUAAACUUGUCAAUGUUCAGUUUAGCAUUCCACGACAAACAUCCGAAAUAUUUGGCGUUAAAUCCGAAGUUAUAGUGAUGAAACGUAAUGUCGAACAAGUGCAGAGUGGCCCUUCAGAACAUCGUGUCUCCAAAUCGAUUUGUUCUUGGCCAGCUGUAGACAAAACUGUCGGUCUUAAGCUCUGUGGAGAAUAUCAUUUUAUAAACGUGACUAAAAUAAAUGAAGCACCCUACUUUGUUUUAGCGGGUCCUUCUGGACUUAGAUUAUUUCUUGAAAAAUCUGAUCCGACCGCUAAAACUUAUAUAUUUGAAUACAAAUGGACAGACAAAAGAGAUUUAAGCGUUGUUUCUCUGACCUUCGAUACUCCCGGAUCUUCUAUUGGUCGACUUUUCGCCGCUAAUUUUACAGUCGACAGGCAAAGCCAAAAUCUGACCCUUUUUCUGCAAUCCACGGCAGGAACCGUAUUGGCACGCGGCAGAUACAAAAAUACCGACAAAGAAAAGUAUCUACAAUUGGCCCUCACAAUCAAUGAAAAAAAGCAUUUUGACUGGAAUCUUUCGCUGAUUCGAGAAGACAGCAAACACGGAUUUAACUACUACCCCAAAAUAUACUUAGGAAUCAACGGAGAAAGAGUACUUGAACUACAAGGAACAUUAAAGUUGGUUAGUAAGAGGGGAACAUCACAGUAUGACGUGGACCUGAAAUUUCAGACCAAGCGUCUGACCUCGAAGUUGUUCGGUUAUAUAUCAAGAACGGAAGCAUCGGUGGCUGCAAAUUUGAAGUUAGAUUACAAAUUCGCUUACACAAAAGAACAGAGAGUUAUGUUCGCAUUCUCACUUGCUAAUCGAUCGCCUAGAAAUUUGGUCGAUUACAGAGGAACUUGCAGUCUUUUCAGCACUUCCUACCCACAUUUCAAUUUCGACGCAAAUUUACAAUUUAAGAAAGGUGUCGGUCAUGUUGAGACGAAAUUCGACUUGACUUCGAGCCCAUUAGAGAAAAACCAUCCAGAUGCGGAGCUACAUAAACUUAACGUUGAGUGGUUCUUUUCUUAUAAAUCAUUGCCUGAUAGCACUCGAACUUUAAACACAAUUUUGUCUAUUAGCAAACAAUCGACAGGUCUUAACUUGAAAGGAAAAUUCAAUGUCGUGGUGAAGAAUCCAACUGUCGAUGUGUUGUUAGUAAUUAAAUACGGACAUGAUAAGGAAGUUUCGGUGACCAUGUUUUGGUCGCACCCUCGAACAACGUUAGAACAGAUGGAAGGACGAAUUAAUAUAACGAUUCCAUCAUUUACUCCGAUGAUCUUGCAGGGAAAGUUGCAGGAAAAACUCGCCUCCGAGUAUAUUGUGGAAGUAAGCGGGACUUGGUUCAGCGGCCACAGCGCUUCGGCUCGCGGAUUUUACCAGGAUAAGAGUACAGCGAGAUCAUUAAAUCAUCACCUGAAAUUGGUGCUUAAGUCUCCCAGUUUUAAAGAUAUUAUCACGAACUUGCAAUUUUAUCGCGACAACAAUGAGUUUAAAAUCGAUUUUAAGGCAGAUCAUGACAGAAAUAAUUACUGUCUCUACCUCAAACAUACCGUUGUCUCACCUCAAGAAACUACAACCCAGGUCAAACUGAAAUACAAAGCCAAGCAGUACUCAAUGCUCAGCUCUGUUUACUUUGGGGAUCAUCGGCGAGUUUCUCUUGAAUUCCACAUUGACCAACUCCGGGACAUUCGCUUUGCAGCUUGGGAAUAUAAUAAGGAAACAUACAAAGCUGCAGGUCUUGAAUUAAAGUGGGAUGCGAACCGCGACAACAACCAAAAACUUGUGGUUUCUGGCAACUUUACUAAGCUUGCCUCUUUCAAUUAUGAAGGAAAUCUUCUUAUAUAUUACCCCGGGCGGACUAUUCUAGCUAAUUUUAAUUUCGAGUUACGAAAUGGCCACUUGGGCACCCUCGUUCGAUUAUCCUGGGCCGAUCAGCAGUCAUUUGCAAUUGACCUUCAGGUUGAUUACAAUAUGGACCGCCAAACAUACAUUAUAAUUAAUUCUCGGAUCGUUACCCCGUUUGACGGCUGGCAAAAAACCUCGAUUAAUGGAGGCUACCAUCAUACCGGGAACAUGUAUCGAAUAAACGGCAGUGUAUUUUGGAAACACGACGAAAGCGUCACUUUAGAUUUAUUUGAGGAUUAUUCAAUAAGUGACGCUGCAUUUCAAUGCAAAUUGAAAAGUGCGCUAACAAGUACACUCAAAAAUAUACCAACCCUUAGUGCAUAUUUAAACCACAAUAAAACCGAAUCAAAGGUGGACACCAUUCUCAAGUUAAUGUAUGCCCCCGAGCAGGCGAUUGAUAUAAAAAGUAAUUGGAAAAUCGAUAGAAAUAAUCAGUACACAAAUUUAACCGGUGCUGUAAUGGCGACAACUCCAUUCAAUGUUUGUAACAGGGGUUAUCUGAUUAGUAAAAUUUAUUAUACCAAAACCAAAUAUAUAAGGGGAUUUGCAAAUCUCGAUUUAGAUCAUAAAAAGUUCACAGCAAGCUUUGAAGGCAAUUUACGCAAAUUAACAAAUAGUAUGGUUGUGUGUAACAUAACAACUCCAAUAGAAAAAUAUAAAAAUAUGAUGGGACGGUUUGGAUUUUCUGAAGAGCGUCGCCACUUGGUUGCUCAAAUUUCCUACCCCUCUGGUUUGAUGGGAGUGGAAAUUCUGUUAGAGAUGCAAGCUAUAACGAAUUUCGAUGUAAAAUUAAGUCUGGCUACUCCAAUCUCGUUUUUGCAGGAAAUUUUGAUCGUGGGAAAACUAAAGCCCGACAGGGCUGAUUUCCGGACACGUUGGAAUUCGCUGAUGUUGGGAUUCACCGGUGUCUGGCAUUAUGUAAACGUCAUAGACUUCGAAUACUCAUAUAAGAUUUACACUCCUAUCGAAAGGUUUGAAGAAAAUGGUAUCGUUUCUAAACUCAUAUUCAAAGAAGGCUUAGACUUUGAAGUUUCCAUCAAGUUAUCCCAGCACAAGUUAGGAGUAGCGCUUCUCUGUAUACCGAAACGCAAGAUUCUGAAAGAGAUGGGAAUCAAGAGUGAAGAUAUUUAUGGGGAAAGGUUAGGGGAUCGCAGUUGGUCAGAACACAAAAAUGAAGAUGACCAGGAGGAAGAGGAUAGUCUUAAUUGGACUGGUAGCAUCAAAAUCGAUGCUAUUAUUUAUCCGACGAUGGAAGGAACGUUGGAUAUUGAUCAAGAAGGACCACUGUACAUUUUAGAUGCCACAUUAUCCCUCCCAGCUGGUAACGCUACACUCAACGACGUGUUUGAAUUUAUUGACGUACUGACAAUGAAAAAUGAUCUUAAAAUAACAACACCGUACGAUACUUUUAAAAUCAUUACUUCUUCCUACAAUUUGAAGAUAAUCCCCGAACAUAAAUACGAACUGGGUCUAGAUCUGGAUUAUCAGAACCACACUCGUUGGAUUAAGACUGGUGUCUUUGUAUUUUACACAAUUUCCCGGGAAGAGGACAAAGCAAUAAGAUACAACACAACACUCGAACUAUACACUCCUUUGGAAAAGUUUCCCCAGCUGUUGGUCCACGCGAGUCACGAGACACAAGUUAACAUAUACUUGACCAAUUUAUCAGUGACUACAAAUAGUAGUAAUAUAUCAGUGACUACGAAAACAGAGGUAUUUAAUGGCUUAUUCGAUGCAACUGUUUUACUUAAAGCUAAAACUCCAUCUUUGGAAAUACCACCGACAAUUAUUGAACUCAAAAAAGAAGCUACCCUAAUUGACAAUUUUGUUGAAGCAAAAAUAAAUAUAGAAAAACUGCUCAAGAAACAGAUUUACUUUAAAACUCAUUGGAUGUAUAAAUCGUUAGAACAAUUCCACGCGAUAGUGUUUUUGGACACGCCUUAUAGGGGGAUGGAAGAUUCCAAAGUGGGUGUGAAAGUAGAUAUGUCGGAGAAAGGAAUGUAUAGUUGGGCAUUGAUAAGAAUGCAUCCGUUGGAGAUCAAUAUAAAUUCAACGGUCGAAGGAAACGUUUUUGGGGCGACAUCAAAUAUUAAUUUCAAUGGCAAAAAGUUUCCGAUAUCGUUGAGGGGUACUGUGUCCCAAAAUUCGAUUAAUUUGAAGGAGUUUGAUGGAACGUUGUUUUUGAAAGAUAAAGAAUUUCAGCUUAACGGUCAUGCGAAUAUGUUAGGAAAAAUCCCUGUAAACGUCCAAAUCAAGUUGACUCCUCAAGAUGGUAGCGAUUCGCUGAAUUUCGAAUACAAAUUGGAGGCCCAAAAGGAAGGGAGUUAUAUAUUAGCUGGAAGUGCGCAACAUUUGGAUAAAUUCACUCGAUUUAAGGCAAAUAUCUUAUCUCGACGUAAAUUUGACUGGCAGAUUGAUCUAAAAGUAGAUACGUCGCAUCAGUUGUACAACAAGUUUACAGUGCAAGCAAAUGCAACAUCGACCGGUGCCGGCACUAGCAUUUCAAUAGCUGCUCGAACUCCUAUCCUAAAGCUCGAAAAUCCGAAGUUGGGAGCUUCUGUUGUAGCUUCGGGCCAGCAGCGUUACGGUCGAGCUUAUUUUGAAGUAACUGAUGCCAAGGGAGAUAUCCAAGUUGACUGGAUUUAUGUAUUUUUGGAAAAUAUGUAUGUUAAAGCUGUUGGAAAUUAUGAAAAUCGCCAAUAUAAGAGUCAGUCUCGACUGGAAGGGUUUUAUAUUAAUCCAAAUCAGUCGUUUGAAUUUAUUAAAGCGGGAGGCAACGCGAACGUGGACAAGUUGUGGUCGGUUGGUUCCAACGUAACCUUAUCUUUGCCAAAUUACCAGAACAUGAAUUUGGAAGCUCAUGUGGAGCUCCCUGCACCCAUUAAAGAAGUUUAUAGUUUGGCAGGCAAGUUACGUUACGAUAAGGAUUUGAGGACCGUUGAAUAUUUAGGUAAAUAUCGUACAGCCAAUUCAAAGAAGAGGUACGGAUCUUGGGGAAACGUCUCGUUAGCUGAUAAGACACGCAUGGGAGGAAAUGUAGAAUUGGAGUGGAAUAACAAAUGUAUUAACAAUUACCUGGACUUGUGGAGGUCACAAAAUACUUGGAACAUUCUAUACAAACUGAGGACUCCCAAGUUUGACAAUAAAGACACGCUUGUUACGGAAAUGAGCUACAGCAGCUCAGAUACAUAUCAUAACAUCACAUGCGAGGCGUUUUAUCCCGAAAAACAAUCAUUUGCAUUUGCUAAAGUUGAUUACAAUGGAUUAGGGAAUAUGAACGGAACUGUUAAUGUGACGAUUCCUUUUGGAAAGGUUCAUUAUGCCGGAGCCCAUUUUAACACAAAAACUAAUGCACGUUUGUAUAAUCGACAUUUGGAAGUAUUCUGGCCUAAUGAUAAUGCAAUUUUGGACUGUCAGUGUGUUAGGGAAACUACAGCUUCCGUGCUCAAAAGUAAUACAACAGGUGUACUGGUAAUUGAAGUGCCUCUAACGACAAGACACAUAGCUAACAUUCAAUUUAACUAUGAGGAAAAGCCUCGGUUGAACACGGGCUACACCACGGUCGACUAUAACGGAAACAAAGUCCUGGAAGGCAAGUAUAAUUGCCAGUCGGAGGCACGGGCGGGCUUCGAUAAGGAUAGGAUCCACGUGGAGGUGCAGAACAAGUUGGUCCCCGUCGGGGCAGACUAUGUUCACGGAUACGAAUACGGGGCGCCGAGGGACGGCUCCAACACUCCGACUGUGGAUACAAAACAUUUACAUCUUUAUCACUUAGAAAAUCGGACAAAAUUCAACCUAACGGGAGAAAUGAACGUGCGAACAAGUUCAACUGGUCGACAGAUAGCAUUUUCAGCUAUCCAUUCAAACCGAACAGUUAAGUUGUAUACUGACUAUGAUGUGUUAGAGCAACAAUUCAAGCAGCACUCGCGUCUUGAAUUGAGUUCUUCUGCUUGGAUUGAAUACGAUCUUCUACUACUCAACAGAACUGUGAAUGAAGUGUUCGGUUCCCAGCAAGUACAAAUAGACGUGGCCUACCCUCGCAGAAGUUUCACUGCAACGGGUUUUUAUAACAUAAGUGACUCGUCACUGUCUACAGAUGUCUCUUUAGCCUGGGAGAAAAAUAAGAAAAAAGUGCAAGCGGGCCUUGACUGGAAACGGGCUGCUUUGCACCGCGAGGAAGUUUUAUUUCAAAUCAAACAUCCUUCAUUUACAAAGGAUAUCACUUUCUUCGGGGAAUAUGAAUAUGACGAGAAAAAACUCUUAGAUACCCAAUUAACUGUUGAUUAUUCGCCUGAUCCACAACAGAGACUCGUUAUGGGAGCUCGGGUCGAUGAUAACUCUUAUCCUGCCUCAUACAACUAUUCUUAUAAAGUGUGGGCUGCACAUGAUGCUACCAACCUUAAUUUAAAUACACAUGGAGGUUUUUACUGGAAUCCCUAUGGGUACAGCACUGGUCAUUAUAGCCACUACAAGCGAUCCUAUCUGCCUUUACAAACAGCAGAAGCAUUGGCUCGUGUAGAUUUGACUCGCAACGAAAUAGAACUAAAGAAAAAAGCCAGCGAUCAAUUGUCAUAUUUGUGGACAAGAUAUGGGGGAAAAUUCCCUACUUACACAGCAAACAUAUCAGCAAGCCACGAGAUGAACAAUGCCUCAGGAGAGUUUUACCUCAAUUUCGAAGAAAAGUUGGUUCAACUUGACUUUAACAUGACUACAGAUGGAAGCCAGAGUCUUCAUGUGUACGGUGUGAUUCCUGACGCCAGAAGCGCCAUGUUUGAUGUCUGGCGUGAUUACCAGGACAUUAGGGUCUCGGACGUUGCGUAUUAUCUCCGCUUGAAUCAUUCCAGACUUAUCAUGUCCAGUUUGUUGUGGAGGCCGGACCUCAAACACGAUAUUCUGAAUGGUAUACGAUACUCCGCUAAGCAAUUAUAUAACAAUAUGCUGGAGGAAAUUAAUAACACCAAACAAUACGUCAGAUCCGAAACUAACGACGCCAUUCAUGGCAUCUGGGACGAUGCUAAACCGCUAGUGGAACACUUUUUGGAGGAUCUCAGAGGACUCAGAGACAUUGAAAACGAUUUUGAAGAAUUCAAGGUUUUCCUCAACAAAUCGUACAACGCCAAUGAAUUUUAUAUCAAAGACAUCGUAAACAUAUCAAUGAUGAUGUUCGAUGAAUUAGCACUAAAAAAACACUUUGAGUCUCUUCCGGCUAUAGUUUCAGAAAUUUGGGAAAUUAUGGGCGAGUCUGGAACAAAAAUCAAGAAAAGUAUAGAGUGGGUCAUUGAAAAGAUUAAGACGUAUUACAAGAAUACGGCCGAUUUUAUUCGAGGAUUGUUGGACGGCGACCCAAUAGAUCACCUUUCAGAUGCCUUUAAAAAUAUCGUGGAGCAAUACGAUGCUUUCAUCAAAGAUUUGCACGUUACUUUUAUCCAAUAUAUGGAACAACUGUGGUCACAAACGUACGCUUUAAUAGUUAGCAAUUGGCAUAAAACACUAGCGGCAAUAGAGCCAACAUUUAUAAAACUGAUACACUAUCUGGAAACAAUAGCAUGGACUACGAGUCGUGAAUUCUUGGAUUUCUUAUACAUCCGUAAAAGUGAAUUAAUCGAAUCACCCUAUUUCGUUAAAUUUGCAAAUUUUACACACGAUAUGGACCGAUUUUACAAAGACAUUACUGGAAAUAACACAAUAGCUAGCAUCACGAAAUAUACGAAAAUAGUUUGGAACUUUUUGAAAGAGAAGUAUUUCAAUAUGGUGCCAUUCGGUAAAGAAUUACAAGAAGUUGUGUUAGAAAUAGUGAACGAAUUAAACGAACUGAAAAAACUACCAUCGAUCCAAUUCCUGCUAGCAAAAUAUGACGUAUGGUACAAUAAUGUAAAAUGGUUGUAUGACUAUUUCGACGUGGAAAAUAGGGUGCAUCGAUUCGUUGCACUCCUGCACCAGAAGCUUUCUGAUAUGGCAUUAACGGCACUGCAAGCUGAAAACAGGUACCGUGUGGCGAAAACGAAAUUUAUAUUCGAACCAUCCGAGGGAAUCAUGUUGUUGGAACAAAAAUUGCCCAUGUCGUGGCAUGCUUUCAACGAAACUCCUAAAUUUCAAGAAAUUCCCGAACUACAAACAAUUUAUAACAUACAGAAUUACCUCUUAAGUACCCGUAUCUCUUUUUGGGACUUUUAUUACGACUACAAGCCUUACACCGAACUUUCAAGUUGGCUACCGCCCUUUAAAGCGCAAGCUAUGCUAGUUGGUUCGCGAUAUUAUGUGACAUUCGAUAGGAGAUAUUACGAUUUCCGCGGAAGUUGCUCAUAUCUUUUAGCGACAGAUUACGUCGAUCGCAAUUUCUCUGUUGUUGUUUCCUACGAUAACAGUGCUAAAAUCCACGAACUGUUACUCCUGAUCAAUAACACGGUUGUCCACGUUAACGUUUUCACAGAUAGUGUCAAAAUCGGCAAUGACGGAAUAACUUUGCCAACACAAAUCGGCGACACGUCCCUAUUCCUCGAAGCCGACGUCUUUACAGCAGUAAGCAAAAACGAUUUCGUUCUCGAAUGUAACUUGAAAUUCGAUCUUUGCGUAUUCGAACUAUCGGGAUGGUACUUUGGGAAGACAGCCGGACUCUGGGGUACCAUGAAUAACGAACCGUCUGAUGAUUUCUUGACUUCACAAAAAGUAAAAGCUAAACCGAAAGAUUUACAGACGUUUACGAAUAGCUGGGCUCUCAAGAAAUGCACCAGCAAUGUGAAUAACAUGAAUACAAGAUCUCGUCUCAAUUCGGCUGUCGAAAGUCUUUGCGAUGAGUUUUUCAUUAGUAAAUUAUCAUCAUUGACUACAUGUUUCCCGAGAAUUUCUAAAGAUCCAUUUGUGGCAAUGUGUCUAAAUAGCACAAACGAGAAAGAAGCGUGUUCUGUGGCUUUGGCCUAUAUCAGUUUAUGUUCUUAUUCCAAUACACCUCUACGAAUUCCCGAUGUUUGUGUUAAAUGCACUACACCAAAUGGAACUGAAAUACCCGAAGGUGUAUCAAUUCGUUUAGAAGGCUCAAAUUUACCUCAAAGCGCCGACACCGUCUUUAUAAUUGAAGCAAAAGAAUGUAACAAAAAUUUAAGAACAAAGAAACAUUUUGAUUUAAUCACAGAACAACUAGACAAAGAACUAAAUCUUCACGGUUUGACCGAUAAUAGAUACGCCAUUGUGUUAUUUGGUGGAGAUGAUGUAUUUGAUGAACCGCGUAAUUUAGUAGUCAACAACAAGGUAUUCGUCGAAGCUCAACAAAUAAUAACCUAUUUUGAUUCAAUUCCGAUCGGUAACGGGAAUUUGGAUAUUUUCGACGCAAUAGCGUUUGCAAGAGAACUGUUGUUUAGACCAGGCAUAUCAAAAAAUUUCAUCCUAAUUCCAUGUUCAGAAUGCAAAGAAUACAAUAUGAGGCUCGACUAUGCUAGCCUACACCAGUCGCUGUCAGAGAACGAUAUCACCCUACACAUAUUAAUGAACGAAGAAUUUUCUCUACAAAAGCGACGGGAUAUUCCUUUCGGGAUUGACAGAAGGACUGCAUAUUCAAAAAAGGAUAUUCACGGACUUCUAGGUGACGUGGCUUUGCGAAAGCAGGUCGGCCUUCCAAAAUCCACCCUAGGCUAUUGUGCGCCUCUGGCGUUAGAAACUAAUGGAACCGUUUUCAGCGGCAAAAACUUGCAGUCAGAGAAGAGGGGUAACAUUAAGAAAUUCGCAACCGUAUUUGGCAAGCGCGUUGCGGAAACUGCCCGACCUACAAAAUGUGUCGAUUGUGAAUGUACCGCUUUCAACAGUGGAGUCUCUUACAUGGAUUGCUACCAGUGCACGGUUCCGACGAGGACAAAUAUUGAUUAUGGUUUCGACGAAACCUCCGCACUUUUCCAGAGUCAGUCGUUUGAAGAUGACGAGUUGUAGAAUCAUCUGCGUGAUUACUUACUUGUCUAGAACGUAAAGAUAUUUAUAAUUUUUAGGAAAAUUUCUGCUGUACAUACAAAUAAUAAAAAAAAUUAAACAGAAAA